AUGGUUGCAAAGUCCGAUGUUAUCCAGAGCGGGGCUUUGCACGGGAACCUUGUCGAGUUACUUCCGAAACAGCUCUACUUCGCCUCCUUCACAGUGCCUCCUCAGAAAUCCGAAGCUCAUGUUCGCUACAUUGAUCUGGACAGCAGGGUAAAUGCUGCCUAUCUCCGUUUAGAAGGAGCUCAGCCUCCCAAAUUCAUUGGUUUUCGCGAUGCAGCACUUGGUGAACCAACGUAUUUGCUUCAUCUUCAUGAUGUCUUGAGAUCUGUUGAAAAGGCGCUUCACUUGAAGUGGUUUGACAUUGCUUCGUUUGAUGCCGAAGAAUAUGAAUUGUACGAGCGUGUAGAGAAUGGCGACAUGAACUGGAUCAUACCUGGCAAAAUUCUUAGAUAUCCGUAUCAUUCACCGGAAACGUAUUUUGAAUACUUUCGUGCAACUAAUAUAACAACGGUUGUGCGUUUGAACGUAAGGAUGUACGAUGCAAAGAAGUUCACGGAUGCUGGCUUUGACCAUGUCGACUUGUUCUUCAUUGACGGCAGUACACCAUCUGAGAAAAUUGUUGAAAGGUUUAUUAGUGUGGUAGAUAAUGCAAAAGGCGCUGUUGCAGUGCACUGUAAAGCUGGUCUUGGCCGUACAGGUACACUUAUCGCUUGCUGGAUGAUGAAGGAGUUUGGGUUGAACGCUGCUGAGUGCAUGGCAUGGUUGAGAAUAUGCCGACCGGGUAGCGUAAUUGGUCCUCAACAGGAAUAUCUUGUGUGUUUUGGUUUUUUUUCUCAUGCUGAUUUUAUUUAA